GUGGAAUAUCACACUUCUUAGAAAAACUUGCAUUUUCUUCCACAGCACAGUAUGGCAGUAAAGAUGAAAUCCUUCUCACACUGGAAAAGCACGGAGGCAUAUGUGACUGCCAAACAUCCAGAGACACCACCAUGUAUGCAGUAUCUGCUGAAGUCAAAGGUCUGGAAACGGUGGUCAGCCUUCUAUCUGAUGCUGUCCUUCAGCCUCGCCUGCUGGACGAAGAGGUCGAGAUGACCAGGAUGGCCGUGCGCUUUGAGUUGGAGGACCUGAACAUGAGGCCGGACCCCGAGCCGUUACUCACCGAGAUGAUCCACGCUGCUGCCUACCGCGGGAACACGGUCGGACUUCCUCGCUUCUGUCCCGCAGACAACGUGGACAAGAUAGACAAGAAAGUGCUUCACGGCUACCUGUGCAACUACUACUGUCCCGAGCGCAUGGUGCUGGCAGGCGUGGGCGUCGAGCACGAGCAGCUGCUCGAAUGUGCCCGCAAGUACCUGCUGGACGCCAAGCCGGUGUGGGGGGCGAGUUGCCCCGAUAACGUGGACCUGUCUGUCGCGCAGUACACCGGCGGCAUCGUUAAGAUGGAGAAGGACAUGUCUGACGUGAGCCUCGGCCCCACGCCCAUCCCAGAACUCACCCACAUCAUGAUCGGCCUGGAGAGCUGCUCCUUCCUGGAGGAGGAUUUCAUCCCAUUCGCUGUGCUAAACAUGAUGAUGGGAGGAGGGGGGUCCUUCUCUGCAGGAGGACCCGGCAAAGGCAUGUUCACUCGCCUGUACCUGAACGUGCUCAACAGGCAUCACUGGAUGUACAACGCCACCUCCUACCACCACAGCUACGAGGACAGCGGGCUGCUGUGUAUCCAUGCGAGCGCAGACCCCAGACAGGUGCGGGAGAUGGUGGAAAUUAUAACCAGGGAGUUCAUUCAGAUGGGCGGGAGCGCAGGAGAGAUGGAGCUGGAAAGAGCCAAAACUCAGCUGAAGUCCAUGUUGAUGAUGAAUCUGGAGUCCCGCCCUGUCAUUUUUGAAGAUGUUGGGCGCCAGGUUCUGGCCACAGGAAAGCGAAAGCUGCCUCACGAGCUCUGCGACCUCAUAAGCAGCGUGACUGCCAGCGACAUCAAGAGAGUGACCACCAAGAUGCUGCGCAGCAAACCCGCCGUGGCGGCGCUCGGAGACCUGACGGAGCUGCCUACGUACGAGCACAUCCAGGCGGCGCUGUCCAGCAAAGACGGCCGUCUGCCCCGCAUCUACCGCCUCUUCCGAUAGAUCCCGCCGGGGUCGGCUCUGCUGUAAAUAACUCCUCCUGGAACGCUACGCUAGCGAUUCCUCCCCAACACAGAACUGGGCUCAGCCUGGAAAUGGACCGACAACCUGGUUUCUGACGUGAGCGUCUGACAGAAGGAGAGAGGGCGGAGAUUUUUAAAGGAACUCGUUUUGCUGCUCGGCGAUCUUAGUCUGCACUCAGCUGGGGGAAUCUAUUUAUUGUCCAACGGCAGGAAGCCAUUAACUUCCACAGGUUUGGUUUGAAAAGGUCCGGUUUUCCCCACAAAAACGAAAUAAUCAUGUCGGUUCCCCUCCGUCCGUUUCUGCUGCUGAGUGGACGCCACGCCCGUGACGCCUCACGGUGAGCGCCGUCUGGUAAAGAGAGGGAGAGCGUUUGACUUUUUAUCGUCCCGUCAGCUCCUCUGCUGCAAGGCGAGAGAACUAAAACCAUAUAAGGCUCAAGUAUUUAAACUCAUUUUAGGAAACCUUUAAUGACAAAAGAGACACGAUGGACGUUUAUAUUAAUAAAAUUACUGGAAAUUUAGUUUUGUGGUUAUUUUAAUUGUGUUUGAAACGUUUUAUUUGUGCAUUCUACGUGGAUUGACAGAGAAAUUGGAUAUUUUCUUGUUUUAUUGCUGUGUUAAGACAAUUAAAUACAAUGGGUCAAUUCUG